UUCCAGACACAACAGGACUGUUGCACAUAUAAACUCACAGAGACUGUGGCAGCAUGCCAAAGUUCCACAAAGAUUCAAACUAGAGGGGAGGCUGAUCAUAGACGCCCUACACCUAACUUAAGAGGCUAUCUGCAUCGAUGUCCACUGGUAAGACAGAAAUUAGUGUCCUCCAAUGCAUUGUCACUGGGUAUCUCAACCACAACUGAGGCAGAGCAUCAGCUUCACUUCACCAAUGUGGGAUGCUUCUCCAACCUCGUCAUUAUUACUUCCCCUCCUUGGCAUUUACAGUUCCCAGACAGAAACAUUUAGUCCUCUGAGAGUCUCCAUGCAGAAGCUGACUCAGAGAGAUGCAGAUACCCACAGCCAGUGGACAGAGCUUGGGGACUCUUAUGGAAGAGUAGGAGGAAGAAUUGCUGGCACCGAAGGGGAUAAGAACUCCAUAGGAAGACCAAUAGAGUCAGCUAACCUGGACCCUUGGGGCUUACAGAGACUGCCAUCAACCAAAGAACAUAGAUGGACUGGACCUAGGCCUCUAUGCUCAUAUAUAGCAGAUGUUUAGCUUGGUCUUCAUGUGAGUCCUAAACAACUGAAACAGGGGCUAUUCCUAAAGCUGUUGUCUGUCUGUGGGAUAUGUUCUGCUAGGUGGGCUGCCUUGGGCCUCAGUGGGAGAGGAAGCUUCUAACCUCACAGAGACUUGAAAGUACCUAGGUGAAGGGAAUAUACUCAGGAGGGGACCCUGCCCACUCAAAGGAGAAAGGAAGGUGUGAUGUGGGAGGGAUUGUGGGAGGGGAUUCCUGGGAUACAAGUCAGGGAGUGGGAUGUAAAGUGAAUAAGUAAAAAAAUUAAAUUAAAUUAAAAUAAGAAUUUUAUUUUUAAAAAGAAUUUUCUCCUCAUUAGUAAGUUUUGCUUCUCUAUAGACAUGAAUUCUUUACAGAACUGUUUCAAAUGUUUUGUAGCAUUGCUUAUAUAUUUCAGUUAUGAGCCAUAAAGAAUGACUGUAAUAAAAUGACUGUGUGAAAAUAGAUUAGCACUAGUCAAGGACUCAUUGUCAAACUUUCUAAACUUUCAUUAAAUGCGCAUAUGCACAUAAAAAA